CGGCAGCAGCGGCUGUACAACACACCUCACGGUUUGAGCCGGCCCCAGGAGGCGAUGAAGCGGCAGUAGCCUGUACGAGUUCGAUCGGGGCAGAUCCGCGCAAUCUCUACACGGUCGCGUCGUCCGCGGUCAGAGUCUACUUAGAAUUGCGGCAUUCCAAGCCAGAAUUUGUAGCACUUUCGGGCAUUUGUGCAACGGUCACGAGACGUUCGUGCGAACGUUGUAGUGUAACUAAGCUAAGCCACAUACCUACCGACAUAUAACUACGUAAAUACCUGUUCGACGGCUACUGUGCUCGUGAAUAUCGCGCCCGCAUCGUCUGAAAUAACAAACCGCAGGAACGAAAGCACUGCGGAGCCAAAGAGAGAAAAAACAGAUUUUUCGAUAGAAUUACGUCAAUAGAAUUGAUUUUUAAUGGAUUCCAAUGUAGAUGGAAGUGAGUUCAGUCCGACAAGAGCUGAUAGCAACAAGCAGCAAGAGGAAAAAGGUGAAACCAUAACGAGCUCUCGCUGGAUGAUGGUGUAGUGGUAAACAGUGUGCAGUGAAGAGAAGUGGAAGAAUUUGUUUUUUUUUCGGGUUCGGUCCGAUAUCUACGUGUAUAUUUAUUAUACGAGCCAGAGAGUUUGUAUGGAAAACAUCAACGGUUUAUCAGUGGAACAUCAUCAGAAGCAGAUUUGUUUUCGACUACCAUCGGAGACAACACCGCCCGUCGGUCGGGAGCCUCGGCGCUGUAUCACCAACAAGCUGACAAAAUACGGCCAAUGCUUUCGGCCGUGGAGAACCUAGGAUCCGGCCGGGUUUACGCCCAUCCGUUUCCAGGUACGGCGGCCCCCUCGUUGCUGGGCCAGCUUCCACUGUCGGCGGCUGGCCUACCGUUGCUAGGGCCCAACAUGGUCGAUAUGUCCGUUGCCGAGUUUGCCCGACCGCAUCCCAAACAGCAGCAGAGGUACAAUGAAGCUCCACGCAAUGGAUUGCUUCCAUCAUCAAGGCCAAAAUACUCGGAGGCGCCACAGUCUCCCCAAAGCGGCCCCGUGAAUCUGGCGGUUAGUCCAAACUUACCAAACCCCCACGGUAGCCAGACGCUGGGUACCACAAAGCUGGCUCACCUUGGAUGUCCAGAUUUUCAUGAACGGGCACUGCAGGCGCAAGCCCAAGCGCGGGCCCAUGCCCAGCACCAACAGCAACAGCAGCAGCAACAACAACAUCAGCAGCAGCUCCAACAACAGCGACAUCAAGAGAAACAAAAGGAAGCCGCGGUAGCCGCUGCUGCUGCUGCCGCGGCUGAUAUUGGAAAGCUAUACUCACCCACAAACCCGCGGUUAUCAUUUUAUUCCAGUCCGCUAGAUAGCAACACGUACUCUGGGUUGAACUAUCCACUGUAUCCAUUUGGAUAUUCUGCAACACAGCUAGAUGCUCGAUUUUUAGGGCAUACCCCGUAUCUAUCGAGUCAACGGGAACCAUACCAUACAGCAUCUCCCUUCCUUACACCUGGCUCAUUCGGUACGCCCGAAAGUCAAAAGCCUAAAAACUACCCCCCAGUUUCCUUAACACACUUGAACAGCCAUAUUGGCCUUAAACCUACCUCUCUUCCGCAAAUACCUCAGGACAAAAUUCCCUCAGCUGAGAGAAGUCCAACAUUGCCACCGUCCUCGUCGUCGUCAGGUCUAUUAGGCAGUACAUACUCAGAUAGGGAACGAGGUUACCCACCCAACGGAUUGCAAACGGGUAUUUCCGAACACUCCUUGCACGGUAAAUACCCAAACAACCACCCUGCCCUACACGAGAAGGAGAACAAACUCGAACAAAAGCAGCACCAUUCUAGUCACCACCAACCGCAGCCGCCGGCACCUCAGCAUCUCUCGAACCCGGGCGCUUUGGCAGGGUCGCCCCUACAGGCCCACCAUUCGUUCCUUCCCCCAGCGCCAUCGUCAAUCGCUCUGUCCUUGCCGUCUUCCACCAGCCAACGCCACCACUCGAUGCCCCAUCCUUCCGCGUCGGGCAGUGGUUUGGCUCACCAUUCCCACCUCCCGCCCCCGGCAACGGAUGGCGGCCCACGUCUCGACCAGCUGCCACAGGAUAAUGAGUUCAAGGUUCCGUCCGGUAAAGAAGGCUCCAUGAAGCACCGAAUUCUGACGCGACCCGCAAGCGAACGAGAUGUACGACGAAGAUCUCCGACAACGAAAUCGACGACUAUUUUUAGGCCAUACGAGAACGGUACGACGACUAACUUUACCAAGGGUGCCCUGAUUCAGCUGGCUGAUGAGUGCAAACGGGUGGAAGAUGUGCGAACCGAAGACCUAGUACAAACCGCCGAGAAGUCCCGGAACCUGCGGCUGGCGGAAUCGACGGCCGUCAAGAUUACUCCGCGUAACAACAAUGUGAUUAUCACGUUCAGCUACGACAACAACCGAUCCCGGAUUGACAUCGAAGCUACGAUCGAACAUCCCUUUUUUGUAUACGGACAAGGCUGGGCCUCUUGUAGUCCGGAAAAGUCGCUGCUUCAUUUUGGCCUCAAGUGCCAAAAGCUGCAAGUCGGCGACAUAUGUCUCUCUUUGAUUCCACGUGAAAAGCCAAAAUCGAGCCAUUCCUCCUCUAGUGCUUCUACAUCGUACCUGGCGCCUCAGCCGGCAACAUCUGGCAGCGGUGGCCAGUUCCUGCCAUCAUCCCAGCAGCUGCACCACCACGACAUCAAUGGCAACCAGACGGCUCUGCACCACCAGCCGCCGUACCACCUCCAGCAGCAUACUCAGUCGAUGGAUCACUCGUCUCGAUCGAGUCGAGACCGAAGCGAAGCCAGCGGUCAACAGCCGCAGUAUCUACCUCAGAAUCUUUCGCGCAAAGCGCCACCUUUCCAUUCGUCAACGAUUCCCACGACGGCCACCACUACAGCCGUUUCCUCUCGACCUUCUGGUACGUUACCGUACAAUAGUUUCCCAUCGGUGCCAGUUUUUUCUAUGCCCUUUUCCGCAGCUAACCUAAGUAAACCCCACGAUCCCUCCCAAUACUCGCCAAAAACAUCUCCCGAUCAUUUGUCCCUCGGUAACCGAUCGGUUCCCAACUCCCAAAGUGCGGCACAUAACUCGGCUGAACAGCCUGUCGCUAUGGUUGUGGAUAAACCUACCCAUUCCUCUUCCUCUUCCACAUCUUCAACAUCUUCGGGCAUUAGCAGUGGUGCGUCGUACACCUCUUCACCGUCCGCUACGAACACCAACCAUGGCGUAGCGAAAACUGGCAGCACGGUUCAGACGGUGGCAACCGAGGCCAGCAACAGUAUGGACGACGACGACUGCGUAAUCGAUGCGUCGAUAUCGCGCAAACGACGGUGGUCCGCUCCGGACGUUUGCGACGAAACAGACUCGGCCAGUCAAGGUCACCAUCAGACGGAAACGCGGGACGGACAAUCUCCGCCGACGAAGAUUCCUCCGAUUAUGACCUAGGUCAUCGGUUUCUACUGAACGCGUAGCUUUAAAUGCUCCUGGUAAGCGUCAGAGCGCAUUUUUAGGUGGAUAUGUGCAAGCACGUUUACGGGUUGUGCUUACUGUUUGUGAUUUAGGAGACUUCGGAUAAAAAAACGACAGAAGGAGUAAAGAUAAAGACUGCCAUUCUCAUUGGGCACAUUGCCCAAACGCAGUCUUCUGUUGUCUCUUAUCUUUUUAUGGUGCAAUUCGUAAACAAAUUUUGUGUAGAUAUAUUGGUGAUUUUGAUAAAUAAUUAGAUCCAGAGAAUAUAUUCGAUUUAUAUAAAAGAAACCUAAACGCUCAUUUGUAAUAUGAAUGAUAGAUGUUUUCUAAAAACAAACUGUUAAAUACAAGGAUGAGAAGUCUCUUUGAGAAAUAUAUUGCACGUUGUUACACAAUCAAACUAAUUUUCACUAUUUUCAAGAUCAAAUUCUGAGUAAAAAGUCAAAAUGUUUGGCAUUAGCUUUACUAGGGACGACGAUAGAGUAUUACAUUUUUAAGGUUAAUUAUUAUAUUUUUUUUUUCAAAUAAAGGUACAGCACAACGUCAACCAUUUCCCUUAGCCAUAGACUAAGGAAUACCUUCAAUUAUUUUACCCGAAUGCAUCUGUGUUUUUUUAUUAGACUACUACUUCUUGACUACUCCUGCCUGAUGUUGUUCUUUUUAGUUAUGGGCCCUGAACUUAGGAAAAAAUCAACAAUUGAGGAGUUUCGCAAUGACUGACUACGAAGUUUCCAGUGUUCGAACCAUGAACAGGGUUUACACAAAUAGCUCUCAAUAGAUAAAUAAAACAUCGAUAAAAGAGAGACGAGAGAGAAAAAAAAAAAAAAUGUUACACAGUUAUAAGACUUUACAAUUCUUCCAUUUACUUGCACUAUAAUCAACUUGUUUUUUGUACAAACAUAACGUUUUUCGUUUUCUACUUGAAAACUUCUUCAGUGUUUUGUAAUCGACUCGAUAACGACUUUGGGGAAGUUGAUCUUAAACUAAUUAAAGAAUCCAUAAAAAGAAUCUGCUUUUUAUACCGACAAAUGCAUGAAUAUGAAUAGUUGACCAACCUAUCAAAAAUAUUCGAAAUAUUGUAAACUCGACGCUUUUUUUGCUCAUAGCUCGACUUGAAAUACAUUUUCGUCAAUUCAACUAAACAAAAAAAGUUCAAAAUACUUAAAAUCCAGUGAAAAUUCAACCUAAGUCUUCUCAUGUUAUAUUGAAUGAGUACAAACCUAUAAGUAAAACCUAUGUAAGUAGUAUGUUUCUCAAAGAAAUUUCUUCAGUCAUGUAGCAAAAUUUUUCUUGUGCAUUCAUACUAAAGACAAAAGUUAAAAAAAGAUGUAUGAAAAUAUAAUAUUCUGUCAAAAAUAAAAUGCUAUUGAUGUGAUUCAGAAACUGAAAAGUAUUGAUUGGAAUCAAAUAUAAUUCGUUGUUGACACUUAGCCAAGAAGCAAGAAGAAAUCUAUACGCUAGAGCGAUAAAGAAGUUGUGUACACAUAAAUUUUAUUAAUUUACUUCCUAGACAAUUAGCUAAGAGCAGUAGACGUAGGAUUUCAUUGGAAAACAUGCCAUGCUACAAAUUAUUGAUAGAUACAAACAAAACAGUGGCCAAGCAAAUGCAGGUUUCAAAACAAAACUGGUUGAACAGAUUCUAUGAACGAACAGAAUGAACGAUGGCCACAGUUGUAACGUAUAAAUGCAUACACAGUAUGGACAAACACUUUGUAAAAUAAAGUAAGCAUUACACUUUACACAUCGACAUACAACAAAAAAAAGGAAAAGAGUUGACACUAGUAAUGUUCUCGGGGCAUUUAAAACAAAUAAAUCGGAACUGAACAUGUGGUUAGACAGUGAACGAAAACAUAGUUAAAACAAAACAAAAAAGAAAUCCUACAUAUAUUUUUUUCCUAUAGCUGCAAAAGUCAGAUUGUAUGUGCCUUUCGGAAAAUAAACAUAGGUUUUUAUUUUUUCGAAGAGUGAAACCGUAAGUACAUUCGGUAAUAGUAAAUUAUAUGCCUUUUUAUAUUACACAUUGAGAGAUGACACUUACAUACACACAUACAGACAGUCUGUCGGAUUGAAAAUCUGCAGAAGCUCAUUCAAGAUUUAUUGACACGGAUACAAAUUUGGGAAACCCAAGAUAUAACAUUUAUAGCGCCGCAUAGCAGCAGUUCAAGAGAGAAGUUAGUGGAUAAAUGUGUAUGGUGAAGAAAGAGAAGUACUAAGAAUUAUUUUUUUCCUGAGGAUGAUGACAAAUUAUUACCCGUGAGAGUACUCAAAAGAACAGUGCUUAGCUAGAGACUUUGAAAAAUUAUGCACAAAUUAAAGUAAAAGGAAACUUGCAAAACCUGCAGUGUAUAAGAUUGUAAGCUAAUGUUGUAAAUUAAUGUCAAUCAAAUUGGAAAACAAAUAAAUAUCAAAAAAUAUAA